AUGCGAGGCUUAUGGACUCAGGCGUCUCGACCAAGACUGAGAAACUCUCACUGCUUCUCGUCAACCGACUCGCUCACGUCUGCGCUUGUUCGAAAGACCACCACCAGACCCCCAAGACGCCGGCCAGGCUUCGGUGAUGCAUUUACCGUCCUUUUGACCCCUGUCCUCGCGGCUGCCCUCUUCGUCGACACCAGCUGGAAAUCGAAACAGCGAAAAGACUGGGAUGAGAGGCUCGCGGCCCUCGACAAUGAAAUAGAUUCACUAAAGGAGCGGGAACGGCAGCUCCGGAGCUCCCUUCAACUCCGUAACGUUGGGUCUGGACUAUCUCAACAACGAAGAUAUUAUGCCACGGCCGUGCAAGCGCAGGUCCAAGACGAUGAGGUCCCCGGGGAUAUUGAGAUGCCAAUUUGGUCGGCAGACCCAGGCCAGGAAGACAACGUAAUAGAGGAUGAGAGGAUACCGAUACGGCAAGUGGUCUCUGCACGGGAGUUUUCAGCUGAACAAUUAUCAAACUUCAAACGCUACCAUCGCCUGAACGCGAUCACACUGGCUCUCAGAAUGCUCCUGCAUCUCCGCGUCGGACCCAAUCAUUUCUACUCGAUUUUUCCGUCGGACGACCCAAUGGACAGUGCGACCAGUGAGACCUCCGAGGAUGUUGGGCUUCCCUCAGACACCAAUCGCUUGGCUGAGAUGCUCGCUCUCACAAGGAAGCAGAUGCGUUCGCUAGGCAAUCUAGAAGACCUCUUCUAUGUGGCCCCUCGGAUCCAAGCGCAAGCCGCCAGAGGUGGCCUUCAACAAGCCAUAAAAGAGUUAACGGCCGAGUUUGAUGCCGGGCGUAUCUCACUGGCGGGGCUGAUUGAUGGAUAUGGAAAAGCGGUCCUUCAGACGGACGAAGUACCCUCUGUCUCCGUUUACGUUAUGCUCAUUCGAUCUCUUUCGAAAGUCGGGAGCCACAGCUUAGCCUAUCAUGCCGUUGCCGCCUUGAAGAGGAGUACCCUACCACUCUCUGACCCUGCGAUCUUCUACAUGCUGUUGCAAAUUGGUCGAGCCUGCGACUCUCGCUCCCUGAAUCACAUGCUGCACUUCAUAGCAAAGGCAGACAAUCCGCUCAACGUGAUCCACAAGUGGGAAAAGGCACGCGUCAAUGGACUGGACCUGCCCGUUCCGACCACACUGAACCCACGCCUUUUGAUGGUCUUGGUUUAUGCAUCGCUGAGAUGCGAGCAACCGACGCGGGCGGAAGCUUGGCUGACGCUUCUCCGCGAAGCGGACUACGGGAGCAUGUGGAAGGAUGAUCUUUUCAGAAGUUUUCUUGCCUACUACUCUCAGCAUGGGAACUGGGAAGAGGGCAAAAAAUGGGUACAACGAUCUGUCAAACACGCAUUAACCAUCGCCAAUCAAUCGAUCGAUCGGUUAGCGCGUGUGAUAUACCGCAUGUUGGAUCUGUGUGUGCGCUGCCGCAAACUUGCAGAGUAUACAACAAUCCUCGACGCUGCAGUUGAUUCAGGUAUUGGACCGCCGCUGGUCGAUAAAACUCAGAAUGACCGCAGGACAUUUCACCCGCGGACUCGGAGCAUCCUCCUAGAAUGGGAAUCGCUCCCACUUCCAGACAACGUUGAAGAGUUCGCGGUGCAGGAGAAGGCCAGGUCAUUCCAAUUAGCUUGCAGGUCUUUAAUGGAGGAGCUUUCCGGAAGACCCCAAAAAGCCCCAAGCUCCCGAGAUAAUGUGGAUAGCGAGUUGGUGCUAAUGGCCCCCACGGCUCAACGCCCAAAUCUUCGGUAUACCGUGCGAAGACCGACGUCAGGCUCCCCGGCGGCAACUGAUGGUGAUCAUUCCUCGGUUGAGCUAGACAAACUGCAAAGCAGAUUUACCCAGCAGGAAGCCAUUAUCUCACAGCUGAAAACGAAAUUGGACCUUGCAGAACUACGACAAAGGUCUUACCAAGAAGAACAAGCGCAAAGAGCACAACGAUGGAUCAAAAGCACUUCUGCUUUGGCAGAGGAGCUGCGAGACUCGAAAGAACGCUAUGAAAAACUUCAGAAGCUGAAUGAACUCUACGAGCAGGAGCGCGCAAACAUGCGAGCAGAGAUGUCAACUUUGAAAGCUGUUGCUGAACAAUUGGUGCUGCAGGGACAGAAACAAAACAUUGAAGUGCCAGCGGUAGAAAGAACCGAAGCACAGCUGCCUGAGAUAGUGACAAAGGAGGAAGGGUCGACUUUGCCCGAGCAAAAACAUGCACCAAUUAAGGGAGAAAACUCACCAUCAGAGACCAGAGCACCAACGAGACUAAUCGGAAUGCCCGACGAUCGGAGAAAUCGGUCCAAAAUCGGUCCCAUCCCUACGACUCCGCGAGAGAUCAGGAUUCGGACGUACUCGAUGCGUUUCGACAAGGAUAUCAGACCGAGGACGUUCAAAAGGGUUCAGGUCAAGACACAACCGGCUCCAGACUCGGCUUCGGUGCCUUGA